AAACGACAAAAGUUUUAGACAUUAUGCCAGCUGCCGAGCAAACGUCUGCCGAUGCCCGCCGAAAGGCCGCCAGGGAAGUCAUUGAUAUCCUCCACGAGAUUGCGACACUACUGAACACGCAUCUGGACCGGCAGCAACUGUCGUACUGCGUAUCGCUGAUUGAAAACGGGGCGAAUCCAGAAGCACUGGCGAAAGUCAUCCUGCAGCUACGCGAGGAAUACCCAACGAGUUCCAUUGACGGCGAUGCAGAGGCUGGUGCAGCCGCGCGCUGAACGGGGCGGACAAGCACGACUCCACUGCACUGCAUUUCACGCCUUCCCCGGAGUCCGAGGAGCAGCAAUAAUAGUAGCAGUACUAUGAUGAUCUAGCAUGUUCUCCGUCUCAUCACAUGCAUUACAGCCGACGGGAGAAGAGAGAGUAACGAUUGCCUCUCUUGCGCCAUUCACCCUGUUAUCAGCGCAAUCACACGUCACCAGCCACCAUCCAGACCAUUACUACUCCACCACAACCCGCAGUCGCACUAGGUGUACUUAUU